AUGGGUGACUACACACCAGAUGUCGAAACUGUUCCGGUGUCUACUUCAUCGGAGAAGCAGGCCGAGAGAACUGGCGUCAAGCCAUCAAGUGGUGUUCUUUAUCAUCAACUUCGCAGGGAGCCUCUGAACAUUGUCGGCGGUAGAGGUAGCUACCUUAUCACUGAUACUGGGCUUGAAAUUCUCGACGCCACAUGCGGUGCAGCUGUUUCUUGUCUGGGACACAGCGAUGAGCGUGUCCACGAAGCCAUCCUAGAUCAGCUCAAGAAGAUACCUUACUGUUACUCUCUCUACUUUACCAACAGCGCCGCGGAGAGUCUAUCCAGACUUUUGGUGGACUCCACUGGAGGAAAGAUGUCUCGUGCAUUUAUUGUGAGCUCUGGUACCGAGGCUGUCGAGGCUGCCGUCAAGAUGGCAAUUCAAUAUUUCACAGAGCUGUCGGUUCCAGAACCACAGCGUGUGAAUAUCAUCUCUCGCAAGUCAUCAUAUCAUGGAAACACGCUUGGCUCCCUUGCCGUUGGACAUCAUGCUUCUCGCAGAAAGAUCUAUGAAAGUCUCCUAUCAAAGAACAUAAGCCACGUUCCACAAUGCUACCCAUACCGGGGAAUGGAGCCUAACGAAAGCAAUUCGGAGUACGUCACAAGGCUAGCUCAAGAGCUAGAAAACGAGUUCCAAAGGGUGGGCCCAAAUUCUGUCGCAGCUUUCGUAGCUGAGACUAUGCCUGGCGCCACACUCGGAUGUGUCCCACCACUACCUGGCUAUCUCAAAGCACUCAAGGCAGUCUGUGAGCGCCACGGGGCCCUAUUUAUUUUGGACGAAGUAAUGUCCGGUAUGGGACGCACCGGGACCCUCCAUGCCUGGGAGCAGGAAGAUGUCGUUCCCGAUCUGCAGACUAUUGCUAAAGGUCUGGGUGCCGGUUACGCACCUAUUGCAGGACUGCUUAUCAACAAGCAUGUGGUCGAUACACUGAGUAAGGGAACAGGCGCAUUCGCCCACAGCCAGACGUACCAAGGGCACCCUGUUGCCUGCGCUGCCGCAUAUAGUGUGCAACAAAUCAUCCAAGAAGACAAUUUACUACCCAAUGUUCGAGCGAUGGGUGAAUAUCUAGGUCAACUUCUUCAUGAGCGCUUGGACAAUCAUCCUCGUGUUGGUGAUAUCCGAGGCAGGGGACUAUUCUGGGCUAUGGAAUUUGUGCAAGAUAAAAAGACAAAAGAGUCGUAUCCUCCCUCCAAGGCGCUUUCUUGGACUCUGCACACAACGGGCCUCAAGCCUGAACAUGCCAUUUCUUUAAUGCCUGGAAGUGGUGGCGCCGAUGGUAUUAAUGGUGAUCAUAUCAUCUUGGCUCCGGCUUAUAAUACCACCCGGGCCGAGAUUGAUCUCAUGGUGGAUCGGACUGUUCGUGUUAUCCAGGAGGUUCUGGGUGAAUGA